ACGACAAAACUUCGUGAGUUUUUGGCCAAUCACGUAAAGAUUUCCGAAGCUGAUAUGACUCGCAGCAAAAAGCUGGUCAAGGACUUCAUUGAAAACCAGGUGAUGUGGUACUGUCGAAAGAAGUCUACUCUUCCGAUUCUGAGACUUGAAUAUACUGGCAGUGUUUAUGAAAGGCUGAAAACUGAAGCUGCCGAUGAAGUCGAUGUCAUGGUGGUUUUAAAAACUUCGACGCCAUGGUUAUGGGGCGAUCCAGAAGUCAUGGUCGAGGACUCGGAUGUACCAGGGUACGUCCGACUUAAAGCGAGAAGCGAUUCCAAAUUCCGCCGAUACGCAGAUCCUGAAGGUUACAUAAAUCCUGAACGUCUUCGUAAUGGCUGGUUCUACAGUCUCGUUGACAAAGCAGUGGACGACUUUAGAGCUAGAGUACCAAGAUCUGACUUGGACAUGAUGGUGCGCCAACACGGACCCGCUGUACAGGUAGACAUCUUUAAGAAGGAACCAUACGAAUAUCUCUUAUCUGUUGACCUCGUUCCAUGCUUUCAAAUCGGGUCGGAUAAUUACUAUGUGGCAAAGUCGUACAGUGGGAGACGAUUCGUCUCUAGUUCAAGUCUUCUCUGGAGGCAAUCGUUUUCUUUGAAAGAGAAGCAACUUCUCGAGUACAUGGAUAGAGAUCGUGGCUGUAGGCACGAACUCCUCAGAAUAGUAAAGACCAUCGUUAAUCGAGAAAGAUCCUCCCUUGGAAAAUUAGAGUCAUACCACUUGAAGACAGCUUUCAUGCACUAUAUCAAAGAGAGGCGCCAUUAUUGGAAUACGCGAACAUCGCUUGGAGAUCACUUCGUUGGAUUUCUGGGUUACUUGCAAAACUCCCUUGAGCAAGAAAAUCUUCCACACUACUGGCUGGACGGCGUAAACAUUUUAGAUGACAUUGACCAAGUAGUGAUUAGACACAUGGCUGCUCGGUUGAGGAGAAUCCUAAAUAGUGAAGUAGAACGGAAUCAAAUUCUUUCAUAGAUAAAUAGUCUCCAUUAACUAUCCUGAUACCAUAACUUUUGAAAGUCCAAGCGGAUCCAUGAUUUACAUUGCCAAGUUUCUGUCACAGAAAAGCUACUUGUAAACUAGGACAAAACUUAACUGAACAAAUCGAAUUCUUGGGUAGGUUAAAGGUUUUCCUAUAUUUUCUUUUCCACUACUUUGUUUGUUUGUUUGUUUGUUUUUUUCUCUUGUUAUUCAUUUAUCUAUUCGUUUAUGUCUUUCCCUUAAAGCUUUAAGCAUGGGUCAGUUUCUUCAGGUCAUGCAUGAAUUUAAUAAUGCAAGCUGAAAAUCGUGGCGUUGAGUAUUUUUCCUUGCGUGAAUUUCAAAUGAAUUAUAUCGUUGCAAUUUUUAAUUUCAACGGAAAUACAGAAAGAAAAGUUUAUACGAUUAGAGAACUUAAUAAAAUAUUUUAAAUCACCCACCUUUUUUGAACUCUUAAAGGGAAAAAGUGCCCGAAGCUUUCUUAUUUAUUUAUCUUAUUCUGGAAAUUCUUACCGUUUCCGCUUCGACAGGCACAAAAAAAUUAAACAAAAGCAAAGAACUUGCUGUCCUCAUGCAAAUAUGAUUGGUUGAUUUGUAUUUAUUCGUAUGCAAGAAACUUCCAUGCAAUAUUUUUCGAUCUAAAUGCGUAAUUGAGCAUUAUUUCAUACGCUUUUCAGUCAAAAAGUAAAAGAUUCGACAUUUUCACUAGUGACUUUUGUCAUAUUGUGUUUUGUGAUAUCUGCACAAUACAUCAACCACAAGUCAUAUCUAUCAUGUCUAUAUAUAGAGUCCUUUAAGUAUUGACUUAUUCUAUCAUGAAAAAAAUAAAAUGAUAUGUUUUGCGAUUAUAGAUAUCAUUGCUUUCCGAGGACAUUAUAAACAUUAAGAUCGUAAAGGGAUACCUCUUUGCAAGAAGAUUCGAAAAUUCGAAAACAAAAUGGUGCAUACAAGAUGAAGGGAUUUUACCUAUUUCUAUUUUUGGUGCUUAUGACACGAAAACAUAUGGGCUUCGGCAAAUCUUAUUGAUUUGCAAGCACUUUUGAGACUUAUACUUUGAAAUAUUAUUUGAAACCGAUCCAUUGAGCUUUCUUUGAAGUUCUUUUUAUGAGACAGGACUGCGGACUCAACCUUUUUCAUCGAAAAGCUUUCAACACUGAUGGCAAUAUUUUAACAUGGAUCGAAAACAAAAGAAUGGUGCAGGGGAAACCCCGACACGGUUCUACUGCGUCACAUUAUCUAUUUAACUCUCGUUUCACUUUCACUCGUCGGUUGGACUGAGUGCGCCACCGUUAAGACGUUAAAAGCGGUAUUUAACUACUCGAGUCUUGAUUCACUUGCUAGUAAAAGCUUCCACGGCUGACGCUAUUACAGACCAACACAUUCUUUACAGGAUUUAAUAAGGAUCGAAAAUUUCCUCUCUAUAGGUAAGGACAAAAGCAAUUUUUCCUGUGUUAGAUGAUCAACUUAUUGUGUAAGUUUCUGUUCCUUUCUUCGUUACUAUCGAUUAUUCAUAUGAUUCAAUGAAUAACAAGCCUCACUCGUAAGAGAUCCGUUUUGGCUUUUAUUUCAUUUAUAGCUUUGAAUGAAAGUCCUGUAAUUAUAUUGAUGUGUCUGCUAAUGCUGGUGUGGAUACUCGCCCGACACGCUUUGUUAGGUGAUACAUACAAGCAUCUCAAGCUUGCUCCUUUGAACGUUUUCUAGUAAUAAUUGUAUAUCUGCAAUGGGUAGGCAUGGCUAUAUCUGGCUCCGAAAAACUGUUAGGUCCGUAGCUUUCCCUUCGUGAACAACGAAUGUACGUGAAAAUGAACCAGAUUUUUCCAAUGAGUACCGAAUGGGCACGAUAUCAUAAUUGGAGCCAAGCGAUAGAAACUGUGAUUAUGAACUGGGAAAUUUACAUUUCGCUCAGGUGCUUUGGGACUGAGGUAUUCACUUUCAUAAGACGAACUUAUUUUUUUUGAGAGCCAUCUGCUUUUCUGAGAAGACAUGAAAUUAGCAUUGAAUUAUUUGCAUAAUUUCCUCUCAAACGCUCGGAUCAUGACCAUUCCCCUCUGCUUGUAGAUUAUAUCUUUUUUUGCGAUGUUCGUUGUUAAGAAGUUCAAGUUAAACAUGAAAAUUGCUAUUUGAUAUGCUUUUUAAGCAUUAAUGCCAUUUUGGGGUCUUUGACGAACCGAGUUAACAGAACAGGGUCACUAGUUUCGUAACUGACGUUCGAUCUCACUCAAUUAGAAUUGUAAACCGCCUUGAGACAGUAUGUGAUAUGCGCGGUAUAUAAAUACACAUUCAAAUACAUUCAAAACUUGUAAUUUUGGUCCGCCAUGACUAUAUCAAGGCGGAAUAAUUGACGUGGUGAAAACCCAUCAAAUUAAAUACCCAUCGCCGAAAAUUACAGGGCAGCAAAUACUGAUUUUAACUUGUAGCUAGAUUUAUGAACACUUAGGGUAUGCGGGUAUUCGUCUUAGUUAAAAAGGAAAAUUUAAAAAAAAUACAUUUAAAAUAGGAAGAAGAAUUCGAAAAUGCUUGUUUCAGGCGCGCUAAAACGGAGCGAAAUGUUAAGCGGCGUGAUUGUAGCGGCGGAGUGAAAAAAACGAGAGUGGUUUGGGUCAGGUUAUGCGGGUAAAGCAGAGCAGUGAAUAAAAGUAAGGAAGAAGAGGAUGCAGUUUAGGAAGGAAGGAAGGGAAAAUGAUUAUCACAAUUGUGAAUGUUUUUCUGUAUUAUUUCCUGAGCAGAGUAAUAUAGCACUCUGACUCAGCUCGCAUGCACGAAGAGCACCGAAUGCAUUUCUCUUUUCCAUCAUCCACAUUCUAUUUCCAUCAUUUCAUGGCAUUUAUUUAACGAAAAUAUCGUGAUUUCUCCGUAAAAUAUGUGAAGAUUUUUCCUCAUGCAAAAUCAAAGAUCAUUGAAGACCAGAUCCAGGCGCGUAGCUGAAAGUUUUCCAAAGGGUGUUUAACGUAAUUGUGCGCCGGAGGCGCACUUUCCUAGGGGGGGUCCGGGGCAUGCUCCCCGAAAAUUUUGAAAAUGUAGGUUUCUGAAACCCAAUUUCCCGCAAGACCCAUUUUAGGUGAAGAGAGGCCGUUUUAAAACAAAAUAAAGAAACUGUUUUUAUUUUGAAACGGCCUCGCAGUUAUAAAAUUUGUAUUUCAGUCCGCCAUUAUCGAACUUCAAAGGGGGUUCGUUCGAACCCUUCGAACCCCCCCUCCUACGCGCCUGAGAUCAUAGUGUACUGUCAAGAGAAUUCUACGAUUAAUAUAUUAAAGUUGGAGUAUACCGGCAGUUUUUACGAGGGGCUGAAGACUGAAGCUGCUGAUGAAGCCGAUAUCAUGGUAAUACUGGGAACGCCAAGCUCAGCAGGAAUCGAGGUUAUAGAUUCCCGAGUGCCCGGGUAUGUUCGUCUAAGAGCAAGAAAUGCUCCGAUGCUCAGCAAGUAUUUGAGUCCAGAAGGUUACAUUGACGCUGAGAGCCUUCGAGAUAGUUGGUUCCACAGCCUUGUUCGCCUGGCAGUGAAUAAUAUCAAACCUAAAGCACCUUUCUCUGACGUUCGUCUGGUUGUGCGUACCCACGGGCCGGCUGUCCAGGUGGACAUUUUUGGGAAAGGAUCUAAAGAGAAGUUAUUAUCAGUUGAUCUCGUCCCUAGCUUCCAAGUCGAGGAGAGCUGGUAUGUGCCCAAGCCUUUUGAGGGAAACCGAUAUGUGUUAAACAACGAGCUUCUCUGGAGAAAGACAUUUUCACCGAAGGAGAAGCAACUCCUAGCGUCGAUGGACAGCAAAGACCAUGGCUGUAGGCACGAGCUCUUACGAAUCGUGAAGACCGUAGUCAAGAGACCGGUGACAUCUUUACCAUUGGAUUCAUACCAUUUGAAGACCGCCUUCAUGCACUACAUUAAGAAAGGAGGCCUGGACUGGGAGAGUGGAGACGCUUUGGGGAAACAUUUCCUUGGAUUUCUUACAGAAUUACAAUUUCAUAUGGCGAGCAGAAAUCUUCCCCACUGUUGGUUGCGUGGUGUUAACGUUCUGGAUGAUUUCAAGAAAGGAACAAUUGAGCAGAUGGAGAAUCGGUUGAGAAGCAUCCUAAACAGCGAAGCAAAAUUGAACAAGAUACUCGAAUAG